CAUUUUCAAAUCAAAGGGCUUAAAGCGUUGAAUGGCUUGUAUAGGUCACUUGAAAUGUGGAAUACACCAAAUAGUUACUUAUACUGUAUGGAGUAAUUCUCAAUAUCAUAUAAAACCUUAUCUGGGGCUUUAGUUUCAUAAACAAUGCACUGCCACGGAUAAAGCAUUAAGGAAUUUUUAGUAAAAUUUACUCUACACUUCAAACUUGACUUUGGCGUAUUUAAUUUCCUACCCAGGGUAUGCCAGCUAAACCAAAUGCAUCCCAACAUAAUGCAUUGGACAUAUUAAUUAUGUUUAUGUUUAAGGCUUCUUUCUACAAUGCCAAAUACCUCAGGAUCGAAUCACCCACAUACUAUUCAUUCCCUGUAUUUUUUUAUGUUCAUGUAUCUUAAUAUUGCCCUAAACAUAUGUCACUCGUGGACAAAAUGAACAUAUUUAUAUCAGUCCUUUUUUUAAAUAUGCAAAUGAAUUAAGCUACAUGCUCAAGAUAUUGGACUGAAAUUACUGAGACAAAUUGAGAAAUAUUCACAUACUUUCCGUUUCAUUCAGCAUUACAUGACAAUGACACAAAUUGUAGCAGGUCGAUAGCCUGUCAACGCUUUACGCGAUUUGAUUGGAAUGGUAAACGUGUAUAAUAUUCAUUAAAUUAUGGUUCAAAGGUUGUUAAUAUGUACUUACACAAUAGAAUGGUUUUAUGCGACACUCAUUUUACAAACACAAGUAAAAACUAACAAUCUCAAUAAAAAAUGUGAAGUAAAAGCCGAUUUAGGAAAUUUGUCGCGUAAUGCGACUAAAAUGUUGAGUAUAAACGGUUAAAAAAACAGAGUCUCUUUUAAAGUAUCAAGAUUAAUUUAUUUCAUUAAACUAACAUUGAUUUAACAAUACAUAUAUUCAAUAUAAAACUAAAUGGUCACAUUAGUACCGAUGUUAAUUCAGAAAUAAUAGGUAAGAAACUAUUGAUAAUCGCACAUCUUGGGCAUAUAAAUUGUCAACAGCAUAUGGUUGUCUUAUGGAAUGUGACCAUUCAGAACAAUUAGUAAGGACGUAAAAUGUGAGAGUAUAGUACUUUUGACAGUUCAUUGUAAACAUUUGUAUAAAGAAUUGCUAUUUAUAUGUCGUUUGGUAAGUGUUAAAGCUUUAAUAAGCGUAGGUUACUUUUUUAAUGUGUCUGUCAAAAUAUGUACUAUAGUGAAUUGUGUUUAUGACAGUAUUGACCUAUAUUUGAAGUAUUUAUACUCAUUUGUUUUGUGUAUUAGAGUCGGGAGUCGAGAGUCGGGAGUUCAGGAAGAGUCCGGGCGGUCCGAAAGAGUUGGGUUUUGGCAGGGACAUAGAGAAUAUUAUAUGUUAUCUAGAAAUAUGUUAUUAUGUUAAGAAGGAACAUUUUAAUAAAGAAAUAACAUAUGAAAAAUUAUUGGUUUAAUGAGUUAGAGUUCUGCUGGCAAGACACUUAGAGUUAUAGAAAGUUCUGAAGAGUUAUGUGGCGUUACGUUACAUAUUUAAAACAUAGAAAAUAUACUUAAGAAUGAACCGCAAUUUCCAAAGAACUGAUUGUAGGGUAAAAUGAAGUACUAUAAUUUCAUUUAAAGUGUCACUCUUAUUCAAAAUCGAUACAUACACAUGUAUAACAAACAUCAAUUUUGAAUGAUAAACCUAACUAACUACUAAAUAAUGCAUUUAUGGAAAAUAUUAAUUAUUGAUAACAAGAUUGUAACCAUGUAUUUAAUAGCUGAAAAUACACAAAUAUUAAAUGAUUGGUGAAUGCUAAAAGAUUUACUAAGAUCUACUAUAGUCUCAUAAGGUAGAAAUACCGUGUUUUAUGCUCAUUUCUUUCAAAUUAAACUCAGUAUCCUUCAUAAGAACCAUUGGUUUCGACAUUUAUUUAUCCUUUUUGGAAUAUUAAAACAAUAUUAUCUAUUGUGGUAAAUCUUAUUUGGGAGUAAGAGUUCAUCUUUAAAACAUUAUGAGUUUAUAUUUUACGCCUAAUUAGCAUUUAAUUGCAACAUAAUACGAUUCAGAUUUAUUCCAGAUUUUAACGACUUCUCAGAGUUUAUUUCCGAGGAAUAAACCUAUCUGAAUGCGAUGACCCACAUUCUAUUCUUAACUACAAUGUACAUGUAUAUAUUAUCGGUCCUCGGUCGUAUUUAUUUGAUUCAGUACGCGUUCAUUUUGAAACUAUUCUGUUUCUUUACUUAUUCUGAUUCUGCUUUUUUAUAUUACGUUCUGUAACUCGCCGAUAUGAAAAAAAAAUCCUUUUUGUACAAUUUCAAUUGCGGUAUAUUACGUAAAACGCAGCUUAUUCGAACUAUAUUAACCGCAUAUCAAAGAUUGAUAUUUGUUACCAAGCUACUCAUAGCAAGCUAAUUAAUAUGAAGAACGCAGUCCGUAGCUAUUUGAGCAGAUUGCUUACUAGUUAUUUUCGAUGUAAAUUAGGUCGAUGACCACCGCAGUUCUAACCGCGCUGGGGGUGAUACGCCCGUGAGCGCAUUAAUCUGCAAAAGUUAAAAUUGUUAUGUCGAUCUGCCGAUGCGAUUUCCGAGAUACGGCUAUAAAAGUCUGCAGGUCUAGCGGCCUACAGCCUAAAAAACCUUACUUGCUGCAAAAGAUAAAAUCUCGAAUCGCGCAAACACGCCGCCGACAUAUAAAAACUACCCCUGCCAAUAUUCAUAAGCCAAUCGACAACUUACUCAUAAGCAGACGACAAUUCGCCAAUUUCAAACGGAAAUAAUUAUAUUUGUGUUACGAUAGGGACAUAGAUGAUGAAUACCACUCCUUAUGAAAAUGUCGUUAUUAUUUUCAACUAUAAAAAACGUUUAUGAAACGUUAUUUUUAUGUUAGUCUAUCAGCAUUAAAGUUUUACUAAAGUAAUGACUUCAUCUUAUAAGAAGCUUUUUGUUUAAUGAUUAUGUCUGUAGUCUGUAGCUUUUAUUUAUAUAAAUUAUGGAUUGUAUAACAUGGUUAUGACAGGUGACAAGCACAUACAUGUUAAUGCAUACAUGUUUACGUAUUUAUACGAUGUUCUUUUGUAUUAGUCUUAAUAAACUGUAAACUGAUCAUUUUUCUGAUCAAGUAUACACACAAUGAAUUUCGAUGGACAAGAUGCGUACAUUGAAAUCGUGAUGCUGUUGAUGGACAGUGUUAAAUAUGUAAAGGAAGAAUUAUUGGUUAAGUAUAUUUCACAAGUAAGUCGGACAGAUAUUGAUACUUACCUCGGACAAAAAAGGGGUAUUAUCCUAUCAGUAUGUGACAAAGAAGCUACGGACAUACUUUUUCCCACGGGAGGAAGAAAAACGAAUGUUAAGGAAUGGGACAUGUCGAUGCUAGACGCAGUAUUUACACAGCUGCAAAAGGAUUUGCUUUUAGAAUGUGUUCGUUCAUCGGGUAUGGAUCUCAAGCAGGUUCUGCUCACCCACCGGCAAGGUAUAGGAAAUUCAAAUAUUGGUCAAACUAGAGGUUAUGCAUUUUCCUCUCAGAAUCCAGAUAUUACCCGUUGGACGAUGCCAAUGCUUUGUGUCGUUUUGAAAAACGCAUUUCCGCAAGAUGUGAGAGUGCCCCUACAUUGUGCUAUUGACGCCACGCAUACGAUAAGAAAUACAUUGGUUCACUGUAAAAAGGCAUCAGUUGACCAGGACGACUACAAGAAGUUUACAUCAGAAAUAGACCAUUUGAUUAAGAAUACCAAGGAGUUUUUUAACAAUCCUGAGUUCAAUGGAACUAUUGACAGAGGGGUCAACAUGAUAAAGAAGAAAUGCUAUGCUAUGUCAUUUCCGGACGCAAGUGUUGCAUUCAACAGCUGGGCCAUAAGACAAAAUGAAAUUGAAAACAAACUUGAUCAGCACCACGCAGAAAACAUAAUCCAGCAUGCUCAAACACAGGAAAUGGUUAAACAAACUUUGGACAGAUUAACUGUAUUGGAAAACCAAUUAGGUCAAAAACUUCCGGUACAUGUAUUGGUAGAGAUUGAGGGCCAGUCGAACCGUCCAAAGGAAGAAAUAGAUGAGUUGCACAGACGUUUUGUACAGCUUAUAAAUGCUUGUAUAGAAAUGAAAGGAACACCGUUUGACAAUCAACAAAGAGAUUCUAUCAAUGAAUCAUUAUGCCAGGUUUUGCGUGAUUUGCCACAAAAUGGAAUUAGAAUUGUGGGCGCGGAAAAUAAAUGCAUCGUCCUAAGAGUACAGUGUCAGUCUAUGAGUGCAUUCAAACAGCUUUAUGAAGCCAGUCUUUCUGGAGAGCUCACAAAAUGGUUUGCCCCGUUGGAAAACGAAGUAAGAAAAAGCUGGCACGCCUCGUACAUACAAACAGUAACCAUAAGGCAGGAAAUGGUUCCAGGAAUUAUUCAAAAGAUAGCCAUUGAAUUAUCCAAGAAGGUUUUUGACGAAAACGUUGAAGUAUUUAACUCAGGAGGUAGUACUAGAAUUGCCUUGCCAUGCGUCGACAUGCUAACGACUGCAGUUGGAAAGGAGUGCGAUUUAGGAACAGCAAGUGCUCUAAUUCGUGCGAUUCAGUCCUACGGGCAAUCUGAGAAUUUCAAAGCAACUCAUGUGAUUGAAGGUAAAGCAGCAUAUUCCAAGCACUUUUGUGAACAAUCAAGAAAAUGGCCUGGUUUUAGGAGAAGCUGCGUUUACGUCGAAGAGAUAUCCCAGUCCUAUUAUACAUUACUUGAUGAAUGCGGGCUAGAUGUACAAAACGUGGAUAGAAAGAAAUGCGAAUUACAGCUCUUACAAAAUGUAAGGAAACAAAAUUGUUCUGUUGAAAUAUUUGCAUUGUCGAAUACUAUAACAGGCAUACGGAUGUUUGAAAAUCACUUGAAGUUUGCUGAAUCAAACACGGAUAUCGAAAAUAUUCCUCAACAUGAACGAAUGAUCGUGGUUAUCACCUUUGAAGAUGAGAAACAACUUUUGCAUACAUAUCUAUCUGACCACAAAAAAGGUAUUUUUCAUGUAUGUGUGGUUUUCGUCAACGAAAGAGGACCUGAUAUACCCUACGUUCAACCAGGUGAUUUUGGAGUGCAAUGCUUCAUAUGCCAAACAAGACCUGAACUCAUAUCAAACAGCAUUGGUGUUCUUCUAGAAAGGAAUGUAAUGCAUUUCCUGAGAUCUCAAGUGCAGACGCUGUUAUUAUUUAGAGAACAAGUAGAGAUCCAAAACAAACUUGAGACACCGGCGUUGAAAGAUAUGUUCCAGCAUUUGAGAAGUCGAUUUGAAAUCGUUUUCGUUGCGAAAGCUAUGGACAACCAAAAAUCAAGUGCUGACACAGAAGACGUUCUCUUGCACCAACUCAACAAAGUUUUGAAAAAGAACGCUUCGCAUAUAAGCAAUGUUCUACAGAUGGCAAAUGCGUUAUACAAACGGCGAAAGACGAAAAUACCGGAAGAAGAAAGAGAAGACAUUCAAGACAUACCAAAUCCUGUUAAUGAGCUGGUCGAAGGACUUCAGGCACAGACAUAUCCACACGUAAUCGGUUUUGAGGUUGACAGUGGGGCACUGAACGUUUACGUCGAUUUCAUGAUCGACGAAAGCACUAUGCAACGUCUGGAUUUCAUUUUCUCAAAGAUUCUUAAGAGGGAAGCGUUACCCUAUAAAGUAGUUUUUGCAAAAUUGAAACUAUAUUCCCGUUUAAGUUGUGGUUCCAGGGUUUCUUGUGAUGCACAACAAUGCGUCGGAGAUGUACAUGGCGCGUAUGGUACACUAGGAGGAUUUGUUGAGCACAACAAUAUAUCCUCUACCAGUAUAUGUGCAGUCACUACCAGGCAUUUAGCGAUACUUUCAGGGAACAAUUCGUGUAUUGUUGAUGGCGUGUGUAUUGGCAAAUGGCUAAAAAACGAAACUGACGUAACAAUCGACAUUGCAGCCGCCCAUAUAUUUAAUGAAUUUGUUCCAAAUUGCAAGUUUGCGUUUCAAGAUGAAAACGGGUAUGAUAAGCCCUGCAGUCUUUACGACAACAACAGACGAGAUUUAAAUGAACUUCGUGGUCUUCAUGUGCAUAUUUGGGGGGCGAAUUCAAAGCCUGGUACAGGUAUGAUACUUUCUAACGAUUGUUCGAAAGGUAGCGUCAAUUUCUUUCUUGUUACUGACUUGCCAGGACAAAAUGCCCCGUUUUGUGAUAGUGGCGAUAGUGGAGCUUUUGUCUUAACAGAAAGCAUUGAUGAUGAUAGCAUGACAGCUAUAGGCAUAGUAGUGGGUGAAAUGAUGAAAUUGGGAUCCUCGGGAAAAAAUACAGAGAAAAAAAAAUACUUUUGUCACUAUCUGCAUGAAGGUUUAGAUCAACUUGCGAAAGCUCAUAAAGGAACUUUCAAAUUACUAAAUUGUGAAUAGUGUUUACGUUUGAUACAGGUGUAUGCGUACAGUGCAUGUUUUGGUAACAUGACACGUUAAAGGUUAAUGCUAUGACACUAAAUUGUUGUUUAAAACUACAUACUCAUGACAAAAUAAAACAAAAAUGAGACAUGCAGUCUGCAACUUUUCACUUUAAUUCAGACCAAAGGAUAAGUUUGGUUAUUUAAUAAAAUUAUAAUAUUAGCGAAUUUUUUUAUUAUAAUGACCAUGAUGGUCUAUAAUGCUCUGCCGGAUUAAGUAUUUUUUUCUAUGAUUUAAUGAUUAAUGGGAAAUGUACCUGCAAAAAGGUUGGUAUACAAAGCAUUUUUUAAGAUCACUUGAUGAUUCGUGUGAGCUUAGCAAGACUCGUUGGAAUCGCGAUAAAUAGCAAUUAGACAUUGUCAGAAUGCUUGUCUCAAAAUAAUCCCAUACGAUAAUGAUACUGCGUCUUCUCAGAUGAAAAUUUAAAUCCUUAUGACAAUUCAUUGUUUAUUUCAUAGAAUAUAUUAUCGUUCAAGAGAGUAAUUGAAUAACGAAAUACGAUAUGUUUGGCUUUCUUCUCGUUUAAUUGCCGACUCAAUUCGUAACACCAUGUUUUGACUAUUCUUAUUUCCGACUUAUCAUUUACUAUAAAAUCUGUCGUCCUCAAACAAUGCAGCUUGUAUAUAUACGUCUGCAACUGUGUAAUAAGAAUAGAUCAUUCACAUUUGCCAUACAAAAGUUCUAACGACAUAUAAUAGGAAGGCUUUAUAUUUCCUGAAAAGUAACAAAAAAUGAAAUCUGUAAAUAGCAUUUACAAUUCCGCGGCAGCCUCUUCUUCGGCGAAGGCGUCGUGCAUUUUUUAUCAUUCGAACGCUCUGUUAUUGUGAGUUUAAUAUAAAACUACAAAUUUUCGACUGUAUGGACGCGUUGCGGGGGUUAGUAUAGUAAAGUUUCCUUGAUUUGUUAAAGAUGCACUCUAGCUCCAAAAUAGUUUUACCACAAUUAAUAAUAUUGUUUUAAAAUUCCAAAAAAAGGAUGAAUACAUGUCAGAAAAAAAUGGUUAUUAUGAAGGAUACCGAGUUUAAUUUGAAAGAAAUGAGCAUAAAACACGGUAUUUCUACCUUGUUAGACUAAAGUAGACCACAGUAAAUCAUUCACCAAUCAUUUAAAAUAUUAGCGCUUUCCGUUAUUAAAUUCAAGGUUAAAAUCUUGUUUUCAGUAGUUAAUAUUUUCCAUACAUGCAUCAUUUAGUCAGUAGUUUGAAGUUUAUCAGUCAAAAUUUAUGUUUUUAUACAUGUGUAUGUAUUGAUUUUGAAUAAGAGUGUCACUUUAAGUCAAUUUGUUACAAGUAUAGAAAAGUCUCUCUGAUUUGUUAAGUCAAUUUGUUUUGGUAACAUGACACGUUAAAGGUUAAUGCUAUGACACUAAAUUGUUGUUUAAAACUACAUACUCAUGACAAAAUAAAACAAAAAUGAGACAUGCAGUCUGCAACUUUUCACUUUAAUUCAGACCAAAGGAUAAGUUUGGUUAUUUAAUAAAAUUAUAAUAUUAGCGAAUUUUUUUAUUAUAAUGACCAUGAUGGUCUAUAAUGCUCUGCCGGAUUAAGUAUUUUUUUCUAUGAUUUAAUGAUUAAUGGGAAAUGUACCUGCAAAAAGGUUGGUAUACAAAGCAUUUUUUAAGAUCACUUGAUGAUUCGUGUGAGCUUAGCAAGACUCGUUGGAAUCGCGAUAAAUAGCAAUUAGACAUUGUCAGAAUGCUUGUCUCAAAAUAAUCCCAUACGAUAAUGAUACUGCGUCUUCUCAGAUGAAAAUUUAAAUCCUUAUGACAAUUCAUUGUUUAUUUCAUAGAAUAUAUUAUCGUUCAAGAGAGUAAUUGAAUAACGAAAUACGAUAUGUUUGGCUUUCUUCUCGUUUAAUUGCCGACUCAAUUCGUAACACCAUGUUUUGACUAUUCUUAUUUCCGACUUAUCAUUUACUAUAAAAUCUGUCGUCCUCAAACAAUGCAGCUUGUAUAUAUACGUCUGCAACUGUGUAAUAAGAAUAGAUCAUUCACAUUUGCCAUACAAAAGUUCUAACGACAUAUAAUAGGAAGGCUUUAUAUUUCCUGAAAAGUAACAAAAAAUGAAAUCUGUAAAUAGCAUUUACAAUUCCGCGGCAGCCUCUUCUUCGGCGAAGGCGUCGUGCAUUUUUUAUCAUUCGAACGCUCUGUUAUUGUGAGUUUAAUAUAAAACUACAAAUUUUCGACUGUAUGGACGCGUUGCGGGGGUUAGUAUAGUAAAGUUUCCUUGAUUUGUUAAAGAUGCACUCUAGCUCCAAAAUAGUUUUACCACAAUUAAUAAUAUUGUUUUAAAAUUCCAAAAAAAGGAUGAAUACAUGUCAGAAAAAAAUGGUUAUUAUGAAGGAUACCGAGUUUAAUUUGAAAGAAAUGAGCAUAAAACACGGUAUUUCUACCUUGUUAGACUAAAGUAGACCACAGUAAAUCAUUCACCAAUCAUUUAAAAUAUUAGCGCUUUCCGUUAUUAAAUUCAAGGUUAAAAUCUUGUUUUCAGUAGUUAAUAUUUUCCAUACAUGCAUCAUUUAGUCAGUAGUUUGAAGUUUAUCAGUCAAAAUUUAUGUUUUUAUACAUGUGUAUGUAUUGAUUUUGAAUAAGAGUGUCACUUUAAGUCAAUUUGUUACAAGUAUAGAAAAGUCUCUCUGAUUUGUUAAGUCAAUUUGUUUCUGAUUAAUCGGUAGGGUGAAAAAUCAAAUGUAUUUUUGUUUACACUUGAGAUAUACUUUACUCUGACAUCUUCCUGCGGGAUGCAAUAUGUGUAACCUCUAUAAAAAGCAAUUAAUCAAAUAUUAAUUUCAUAUGUUUUUUUCGUAAUAGAGAAUUUACAGUUUUUCCUUUGUAUAUUUGAUGCAUAUAAGUGCUAAAAGCGUACCUGUAUUAUGUAUCUAUGUUAUGUUUAACAGUAUAAUGUUUCAUGUCCUCAGUGCAUGCCAACAGGCACAUUUGUUUUCUGUAAUACCAUUCUUCAUUUUAAUAUUGUUAAAAUAAAUUCGACGAAAGUA